CGAGAAUUGUUUUCCUCCAAGCCACGGUCCCUCGUGAGCAAACCUCUCCGAUGCUCGCGCUGUAGCCAUGGCAUCCGCCAAGCUCCUGGAGGCCUUAGCGCGCGAGAGCGCCGUGAGGCUCCCGGAGCUCAAUGCCCAGAACGCGGCCAGCAGUGCGCGAGCUUUUGCCGUGCUGCAAUUGCCAAGCGCUCCGUCCCUCGCCGCGUCCGCAGCCGCCGCCGCCGCGCGGUGAGCGGAGCUCUCGCCGCAGGGCGCGGCCAACGUGGUCCGGGGCCGCGGCAGGCUGAAGGCGUCGCCGCCGCCUCUCCUUUUGGAGGCCGAGAGCUCGCGGUGCCCGCAGGGUGCAGCCAACGGCGCGCGAGGGCUGACCGUCCUGGCGCAGGUAGACUGGGCGUUGUUGGAUCAGCUCGGGCAGAUGGCGAUGAGGAGCGCCACGGAGCCCUCGCCGUAGAACCUGGCCAAUGCCCUGCGGAGAUCCUCGAGGUCGGCCGCUGCCCACGUUCCGCCCUUCGACACCUCGGCGCCCUGCGCGGCGGGCCGUCGUUGGGAGUUCUCGGCGCAGGGCCUGGCUAACGCGCUGUAGGCCUCCGCUUCGAGCGCCGCGGGUUCUCCGGCCGCGGAUGCUUUGGUGCAGGCCUGUGGUCGCAAGAUCCGGGAGCUCUCGCCACAGAACGCCGCGAACGCCGCGCGGAGCAUGACGAAGGUCCUGGCAGAGGAUGCGGCCCUCUUGGCCGCCCUCGCCCAGAACCUCUCGCGCAACCACUCCCAGCACGACGCGCAGCACUUGGCAAACAGCGCCCGAGCUUCUGCGGUGCCGCGGCUCGCCGAGCUUCCGGCACUGAGCUGCGUGGGGCAAGCCUUCGUGGAGCGAGGCAGCAGCCCGCAGGAUUUGGCCAAUGUGCUGCGGACAUUUGCCAAGGCAGCCGCGUUGCACACUGCGCUGCUCAACUUCACCCGCCAGUCUGCUAGGCUUGCGGAGUGCACCCAGCAGCACCUGGCGAAUCUUCUACGGGGCUUCGCGACCUUGGCUGCUGCGGACAUGCCGCUGGCUUCCAUGCUGCGGGCCUUCGGGCGCUUAUUGCCUGAGUGUACGCCGCAGUCCCUGGCAAAUGUGUCGUGGGGCACGGCCAGCCUUCAGACCACGCAGGCACCGCUGAUGGCCGGCGUCGGGGCGCUGGCGACUGCCCGCGCUUUGGAGCCCAAGCCGCAGGAGUCGACCAACAGCUGCCGGGCCUUUGCCGCGCUCCUCGCGGCGCCUUGGCCGCCGCUGGCCGCGGCAGCAGAGGCCGCGGCGCAAAAGCGCGCCGAGCUGCGGCCGCAGGACGUCGCUGGCCUCGCACGGGCUCUCGCUGCCUGCGUCCUUGUAUGGCGGCCGCCUUCCACCGACGUCUCCCAGUUUGGGCGCCAGGACAUCGCCAACGGCGCCUGGGCUUCGGCGACUACGCGCAUUCGCGAGGGCCCGCUGAUGGACUCGGCCGCACGCGCGGCCUGCGGGCUCAUCCGAACCCUCGAUGCGCAGGACGCGGCCAACAGCCUGUGGGGGUCCAGGAAGCUGGAGACGUCGGCUCCGCAGCUCUUUGAGAUGGCAGCGGUACGCUUCGACGAACUGGAGGAGCCCGCGCCGCAGAACCUCGCCAUGGCCGCCUGGGCCUCCGCCUCCGCGGCGUUUCAGCGCGCAGCGCCGCUUGAAGCCGCCAACGUGCGCGCAAAGGCCAUGGUGGGUGACUUCGCAGUGCGCGACCUCGCGAACUUGCUGUGGUCUUCUCCGGCGCUGGAGCUGCAGAUCGACGAAGACCUCUUUGGUCGCGCUCUGCAGACGUUGCUGCACAAGCUGCCUGCGGAGAUUGCGAAUGUGCGGACACACGUUCUCAGAGGCCGUCAGGAGCCGCUGGAGGCCUUUGAGUUUCUGAACUCCAUCCUGCAGAUCGGCUGGGCGGCGGCCUUUUCAGGCCGGCGAGUUCAGCGCUUGGAGGAUCUGUUGAGGGCUGGGCUCGCGGACAUCGGCGCCGCGCUGGACGCCACGUGUCGGGCUUGGCUGACGCUGGGCUGCACCAGACAGAGGAGUGGCUCGGGCUUGGAGCAGCCGAGGGUGCUGUUGGACGUGGCGGACAUGGCUGUGGUGCUGAAGCCGGCGCAUUGGGAGGUGGAUGCCAGACCACCAGAGGAAGCAUUUCUGGGCGCAGCGCCCGGUGCGGCGCGCUUGUCCAGCUUUUUGCAAGGCGCUUACUCCUGCGCUGAGUAUCCCUUGCUCUUCAGCGAGGAGCACCAGUUCGGCCUCAUCCAUCGCUUGGAUGUGCCCAGCUCAGGCCUCAUCCUGGUGGGCAAGACCUUCCGUGGCUACUUCGCCCUGCGAUGGCAGCAGGACACCUAUGACUUGGGCCGCCACUACUUGGUGCUAUGCCAUGGUCAGGUGCAGCAGCAGGUGGUCAAUGCGAGGAUUAAGACCACGAAGACCUACCCCGCCACCAGCUACGUGAGCGCCGAGGGCAAGACCGCGUGGACCUGGCUGCGGCCUCUCUGCGUCCUGUGCAGGGGCUCUGCGGACUUCACCCUGCUGCUGGUGGUCAUCCGCACCGGGCGCACCCACCAGAUCCGAGUUCACGCGCGGCACAUAGGCCAUCCAACUGUGAUGGACGAGAAGUACGCAGACCCCGCCGUGUGCGCGGCAGACGCGGUUUGGUGCCCGAGGAACUUCCUGCACCGCUUCCAGGUGACCUUUGAGGACCUUUCCGGCACGGUGCGCCGUUGCAGCGCCCCGCUGCCUGCGGAUCUGUUGCAGGCGCUCCGCGAGCUGACGCCCGCAAGGGAAGCGCAGGAGGUAUGGCAGUCCUUACUGACUGGUUGGCUGCCGAGUGUUUGAGCCGAUGGGUUUGCUUCGCCGAAAGCAAGCACGUUGAUGCGCGAGUCAGAUCACGGAUUGUCAGAGAACACUGGGGUCGUGGCC